UGCUGUCGCCGCCGCUGCUGCUCUUCUGCUACUGCUGCUGCCUGCCAGCUGAGGUGUAUUGGCCCAAGGCCCAAAAGCAAACACACUAACACAAUCUCACACACACUGAGAGGGACACUCCGCCGCCGCCACAAAUGCUGGACAAAGAUUGAACGGCAGCCGACAACCGCCAGUCACCCAGAACUCGACAAAAACACAAACACACACAGCCGCCGCCUCCCCUUGCCUCAGCCCCAGCCCUCCCCCCAGGGGGACAACGACAACGAUUGAGUUAUAUAUUUCGAUUGGGGAUAUCCGGAUUUAAACAAAGAUGAACGCACUCGAUAUGAAUAAACAAUUUUUAAGCGUAUCCCAGGAGCAUGACCAGCGCAAUCGUUCGCGUUCGGAGCGUGCCUCAAGUUUGGCUUUACCCCUCAAUAAUUCCCUCUUGGAUUUCUAUGACAAGCAACAGGAGCAGUGCAAAUCAGUUACCCUCUUGCCCCUGCCCAGCUCCAGUGCUGGCAUCCCCAAUAUCAGCUCCAAUACCAGCUCCAGCAUUGUACGUCGCCAUUCAUCUCACUAUUAUCCCAUGCUGGAGGAUAAUAAACAGAAACCAAAAACGAAGCCAAAACCGCCGUCGCACCUGCAACCUCAAGCAGCCACCGAAAUGCUGUUAAACAUGGCGGAAACGAAAUACGGCAAGUCAUUGCUGCAACAUCAACAACAACAACAACAACAACAGCAGCAAUUGAUACGCGUGGACACUCCAGUGACACCCCCGCCACCCAUUCCACGUCGUUUGAUGCGAGGUAAAUCCUCUUGGCAAUCGCCAAAUGCUGCACAGGAAAUGGCCCACGGCCAGGGCACGGUUUUUGUUUAUCCACAGCCAAUAACAACAACAACAACAACAUCAGCAAAUGUAAUGAGCACAGUUUCAGGUGGAUCUGCCCUCUUGGUGGACACUGAUGCCGAUGGCAUUUCCGAUGAUGACCGCAUGAGCCUAGAGAAUUCGGUUUUUGACGAGUCAUUGACCUCGACACCGGUCAAGGUCAACAAUGGCAGCAGUUAUUCCUAUCAGACAGGAGGCACUACGAAUAGUCGUUGCUAUGCCCAUUUGGCCAUGGCCAAGAGUAGUCGAGCCCAGCGCUCCUCAAGCAGCACUGUGGACUCUGCCUAUGGCUCAUCUGGCGGUCACUCGGAGCGCUUUGCCUCGACCAGUUCGACCAGCGUUGAUUUCCGUAGUCGCUUCUCAUCGGUGGACACACAAUCCUCGUUGGAUGAGAAACCCAUGUCGCUGGCCAGUUCCAUUGACUCACCGCUGGCCAAAGAGACGCUGAUGCAUAAACUUAAUAACAAUGUCAACUUAAGUGCGGCCAGCAACAACAACAAUUUGAUUAGUAAGCUUCCCGCGGUACCGGCUCGCAAGCAACCGCCAUUAAAGGCCUCAAUUCCGAGUGACUCUUCCAGCGAUUGCGCCAAGGAGAGCAGCAGCAGUGUGUCCGCAUCGGCUUCCACCUCGUCGGCUGCUUCAGCUGGUUCGAGCACUUUAUCGAGUGCCACAAUGUCAUCCAUGUCCACGCCAGCAGUGGCUCCUCCGCCUCCAGCACCAAUGAAACGUCCACAACAGCCGCCAGAACCUCCGCAACGGCAACAGUUCAACAUGAAUUCGAAUUGCCUGGCAGAGGGCGUACUCGUACGGAUACAUGGUAAUCCUCCGCCUCCGCCGUUGACCGUGCGCAACAAAUUCAAUCGCCAGAAGCCGCCGCCCAUUGUCUAUCCCAAGCUGCAGCAGCGUCAGGAUUCCACCUUGUCCAGCGAUAGUUAUUCGAUAAGUUCCAGUCCUGGAUAUAAUUCCAAAAUGAUGGAAACUCCUCUAUUGUCGGCCGCACAGGGCGGACGUAAGAGUCAACCGCCACCGCCGCCGCCGGGUGUGGCCCAACGUCAAUUGCCGUUGAUGGGCAGAGGAAAGAUGAAUUUCCGACAGGAUUCAACCAUAUCGAGUGAUAGUUUUAGUCAAACAUCAAGUCCAGGCUACAAUCCAAAACUAAUGGAGGCUCCUCUUUUGCCCUCCCUGACAACAUCCAAGCGUAUGUGCAGUGGCGCCGCUCCGAUAAGUUUGCGUCAGGGUAUACCAGCUAUUCCCCUCGAGGAAUUGGAACCGAAAUCGCCGACAACAACCACCUUGCCACCACUCACAAAGGCACCCAGUGUGACGCCUAGCAGUUUGCAGACCAUUGUACGCUUUCAGAACGGAGCGCCUCACACCAUGUCCUUGCAGCAUCAGCAGAUUAUCAACAACCGUCGCAAGAGCUCCAAUCCUUACAUCACGAAUGGACGCUUGAAAUUCCGCCUAUUUCAGGUGCUGAUCAAUGCCUUUGCUCUGUUGGCCAUUGCUGGGGGAUUGGCUGCCUAUUUCAAUGCCUAUCCGACCAUCAAGUUUGUGAAUAAAACAAUCAUCAAUACGAUUCAUGUGGAGGAUGCUUCAACAUUUGGCAAGAAUCCAGCACCAGGCACUUGUGUGCCCAUUAUAGUUCGUUUCUGUCAGGGACAACAGAUACCCUACAAUUACACAGUGUUCCCCAAUUACAUUGGACACUUUGGCCAAUUGGAGGCUGUGACGGAUUUGGACUCGUACGAAGCAUUGGUCGAUGUGCGUUGCUAUGAGCUUGUCUCCCUUUUCCUAUGCACACUCUUCAUGCCAAAGUGUGGACAGAGCGGCGCCACUGUUCCCCCUUGCAAGACUCUCUGCACGGAGACUAUGAGACGAUGCGGCUUCUUUUUUGACGUUUUCGGACUGAGUUUGCCCGAGUAUCUGAAUUGUAAACUUUUUAAGGACUUCUCCAGUGCAGAGGAUUGUGUGGGUUUGAAUGAAGUGCGGGAUGUGAUGAUAGCUGCUUCGAAUCCCAAAUGCGAUGGUUUCCAGUGUGAUCAGAAUCGUUGUUUGCCCAAGGAAUAUGUGUGUGACGGACAUUUGGAUUGCAUGGAUCAAGCGGAUGAGGCCCAAUGCGAACGGUGUGGCAAGGAUGAGAUCUAUUGUGGCGACGAUAGUUGCAUUGGCACCAAGCACGUCUGCGACGGCAUCAUUGAUUGUCCCUAUGGGCAGGAUGAACGAAAUUGCUUACGUCUUAGCGAACGGAAUGGUGAUGUGGGCUCCGGUGUACUCGAGGUAUUUCGCUAUGGGAUGCGUCAAUGGAUGCCGGCUUGCGUCAAGAACUGGGAUCGAGCUGUUUCCCCCAGUGCGGUCUGCUCUAUUCUCGGUUACUCGGCGGUAAAUGCCACUAGUGUGGUCACCCAACACACACAUCGUUCGCUCUUGGCCUCUGUUAAUGUAUCGACAGAUAUCUGGAAAAUGUAUGCCAAACGUCGUUCGACUCUAAUGCAGGAAUUCGCCAAUUGCAAGCAAUCGGAAGAUUAUCCCAUAGCAGAGCUUACCUGCUCUAAUUACGAGUGCGGCAAGGUUAAACGUGGACGUCAUAAGCCAUCUAGACGCAUUAUCGGUGGAAGUCAAUCCAAUCCCGGAAAUUGGCCUUUCUUAGCUGCCAUUUUGGGUGGACCCGAGAAAAUAUUCUAUUGUGCUGGCGUCUUAAUAUCUGAUCAAUGGGUGCUCACCGCAUCGCAUUGCGUGGGCAAUCACACGGUUAUCGAUCUCGAGGAUUGGACUAUACAAUUGGGCGUGACGAGACGCAACUCAUUUACCUAUACGGGCCAGAAAGUGAAGGUCAGAGCAGUAAUACCACAUCCUCAAUAUAACAUAGCUAUUGCCCAUGACAAUGAUAUAGCCCUGUUCCAGCUUGCCACUCGGGUGGCUUUUCAUGAGCAUCUUCUGCCUGUAUGUUUGCCACCACCAACAAUCAAGAAUUUAUCACCGGGCACUCUCUGUACAGUCAUUGGAUGGGGUAAACGGGAAGAUAAAGAUCCCAAAUCCACAUACGAAUUCAUCAUCAAUGAAGUCCAGGUACCUAUUAUACCGCGUAAUCAAUGCGAUGAAUGGCUAGACAAUUUGACUGUCUCCGAAGGGAUGUUAUGCGCCGGUUUUGAAGAUGGCGGCAAGGAUGCCUGUCAGGGCGAUUCGGGUGGUCCACUUCUCUGUCCAUAUCCGGGUGAAAAGGAUCGUUGGUUUGUGGGCGGAAUAGUGUCCUGGGGCAUUAUGUGUGCCCAUCCAAAAUUACCAGGUGUCUAUGCGAAUGUCUUGCAAUACUCUCCUUGGAUACAUGAACAGAUGUCAAAGCAUUCACGUCCACUCAGCGAGGAGAGGGUGAACAAGUACGAUAUACAUCCCGGUGGACCGGAUAUCCUAUCGAAAAUGGCCACCGGUCCCAUACGGAAUGGCAAACCAUAUUACUAUACGCAUGCCAAAUCUUUAUCAAGAGGUGACUAAUAGGAGGCGGAGAUAAUAGACAACUAUUUUGUAUGAGCAUCAACAAAAACGUAGAGAGAUUUGAGGGCAACAUAAUCAUAAUGUGUCAAUUUGCCGAAUUUAUUUGUCAAUUUUUUUACCAAGAGAUUUCUAUGAACCCAAAAAAACCACAAAAACAAAAAAAAAACAACUAAACAAAAAAGAAAAAUGAAUCAAGCAAAGGCGGAACUAAUUGUCAAUAAUAUUUGUAU